AUGCUCCCGAAGGCUGACAAUCCUUACAAGGUAACUAUCGUCGCCAGGGGCAUGUCCGGCGGCCACACCAGAUACCUCCCCGACGAGGAUCGCAAUCUCUGGACCAAGGGACAGUUCGAGGACACGAUGGCAGCCGCUAUGGGUGGGCGCGUCGCCGAAGAACUUAUCUUCGAGGAUGUCACCACCGGCGCCAGCAACGACCUUGAGCAGGCAACUAACAUCGCCCGCACGAUGGUCACGCGCUACGGCAUGAGCCGCAAGCUCGGCCCCCGCACAUUCGGCAAGCGCGAAGAACUCGUCUUCCUCGGCAGGGAAAUCUCAGAGCAGCGCAACUACAGCGACAAGAUUGCAGAGGACAUCGACGGAGAAGUGUACAACUUGGUCGAGGCUGCCUACCAGUCCGCAACCAAAGUCAUCACCGACAACAAGGCUAAGCUGUCCCAGCUCGCGCGCCACCUCAUCGCACACGAAACGGUAGAAGGCGACGAGUUGAAAGAGAUACUCGACACCGACAUCGACACCGACGCGGACCCAGCCCCGCCACCCGUCGCCGAAGCCGCCCCCGCAUAG